AUGCAGCUCUCGUACUUGGUAUUGGUGUGUUUCAUCGCUCUCACUGAGAGUUUCAGCGCUGCGUUAACUGUUGAGGCAGUGAAACUGCCAGUAGACAGCCCCAUAACUUCGGCCCAUACGUUUAUUCAAACGAGCCCCAAGAGAUUGUUAAAACCCGAUGAAGGAGACGGUGUGAACGACGAGGAGAGGGGUUUCAAUGGCCUAUCGUCGAAGCUCAAAAGCUGGUUCACAACGCACCUGACUAAGGCCUCCACUGGAGACGACGAACUGAAACAACUCAAAGCUUGGUUGAAGGAGAAGCAGACCCCAGAGAACGCAUUAAAGCUGCUCAAUAUGGAUGACGAAGUUGAGACGCUCCUGACGUCCCCGAGUUUCUAUUUGUGGAGCACUUAUCUGACAAUGUACGACAAGAAAUACCCUGAGCAAAUGAAGAAUAUCCUUGGCGUGCUCGUCAAGUCGUACGGCGACGAAGCUGUAGCAAAGAUGCUAGAAAAUGCGAAGCGGGACCCAGGAUCGGAACAGCUUGCUAUGAGAUUACAAAAUGACUUAUUGGCAGCAUGGGGUGUCAACGGUUUAUCUAACGACCAUGUAUUCAAGCUUUUGAAGGUUGAAGAGGAAAGUGUCAAGGAUCUUUUUACUACCCCAGCUUUUAAUGUGUGGUCAAAUUACUUCAAAUUGCGGAACUACUACAGCCCAGACAAAGAUGUGGACAUGGUAAAUCAACUACUGACGAGCUUCAACGAAUUCUCGUUGGCGAAGUCAAUCCAUUUAGCGAAAAAGGAUGAGGCUAUGGAACCUGUGGCGUCUGGAUUGCAGCACGCUCUGCUUAAAAAGUGGCUGGAUGGCAAGAAAACGCCUGAAGAAAUUACCACGAAACUCAAGCUCGAUAAGUUUACGUGGGAGAAUGAUCCAACCAUGGAGAUCGUAAAAGAGUACACUAAACUAUACACUUACAAAUUCAAGUUUCGCCCGAAGCGGUUUGGAGGGGCAGAACGAAGGUAG